CGGAUGUCCCACAAUGCAACGCGACAAGCCACUUCUUCACUAUCAACACAUGUCGGCUAGUCUUUUUUUUUUUUUGCACGAACAUUAGGAUAUUGUUAUUAAACAUUCUUUUGUAUUGGCGUUGCUCUUGGCUCUGAAACCAAAUGAAGGUCAAGGUCCUUUCAAGAAACCCGGAUGAUUAUGUCCGGGAAACUAAACACGAUAUUCAGCGAGUCCCCAGGAACUACGACCCCUCCCUUCAUCCGUUCGAGGUGAGCAGAGAGUACACCCGGGCUCUGAACGCCACGAAGUUGGAGCGCGUGUUUGCCAAGCCUUUUCUGGCCUCCCUGGACGGACACAGAGACGGGGUGAACUGUCUGGCCAAGCACCCCCGGAGUCUCUCCACCCUGCUCUCUGGCUCCUGCGAUGGCGAGGUCAAAGUGUGGAAUCUUACCAAACACGAGUGCGUCCGCACUCUCCAGGCGCAUGAAGGGUUUGUCCGGGGAAUGGUCGUCAGAUACUGCGGUUCUUCCUUCUUUACGAUCGGAGAUGACAAAACCAUCAAACAUUGGAAAAUGGAAGCGCCGGGCUACGGAGAGGAGGAGGAGCCUCUUAACACCAUCCUCGGCAAGGCCGUGUUCACAGGACUGGACCAUCACCAGAAGAGCGCUGUGUUUGCAACAUGCAGCCACCAGGUGGACAUCUGGGACGAGCAGAGGAGCACCCCCAUCCGCUCCUUCACCUGGGGCGUGGACAGCUUCAGCUCCGUCCGUUUUAACCCUGUGGAGACGGAGCUCCUUGGAAGCUGUGCCUCUGACAGAAGUAUAGUUUUAUAUGACAUGAGGGAAUCAACACCUCUUAAAAAGGUGAUCAUGACAAUGAGGACCAACACGAUCAGCUGGAACCCAAUGGAAGCUUACUACUUCACUUGUGCAAAUGAAGACUACAACCUGUACACAUACGACAUGAGGUAUCUGGAGAAUCCCGUCAAAGUGCACGUGGACCAUGUCUCCGCCGUGCUGGACGUCGACUACUCUCCCACCGGACGGGAGUUCGUCUCCGCCAGCUUCGACAAGACCAUCCGCAUCUUCCCCAAAGACUCAGCAAGCAGCAGAGAAGUCUACCACACCAAACGCAUGCAGCACGUCAUCUGCGUAAAGUGGUCGGCGGACAGCAAGUAUGUCCUGAGCGGCUCGGACGAAAUGAACAUACGGCUGUGGAAGGCGAACGCGGCGGAGAAACUGGGAGUGCUGUCUCCCAGAGAGAAGCAGGCCAUUCACUACAGCCAAAAGCUGAAGGAGAAGUUCCAGCACCACCCACAAAUCAAGCGCAUCGCUCGCCACCGACACCUGCCCAAGGUCAUCCACCACCAGAGGAACGAGCUGAGGGUCAUGAAGGAGGCCCGCCGGCGAAAGGAGAUGAACGUCAGUAAGCACAGCAAACCAGGAAGUGUGCCUGUGGUGUCUGAGAAGGAGAAACAUGUCGUCAGUGUGGUGAAAUAGAUCCCGCUCGCGAGGGAGAAGGACUUCCUGUUUAGUGGCGAGGUGGAGACACCAAGGACUCGUACUUGGAAUCUAAAACUGCGAGGAUUCACAUGUGGAUGGAAAACGAGCGCCAGUGGCUGUGUUGUGGAUGUUAGUCAGCUGUACUGUAAAUACACAACACGAGUCAGUCAGAUUGUUAUUAAGGCUCAUGGUACAUGCGGUCCUCACUUUGGAGCCAUGGAAAAUGAAAGACUUCAGUGGAGUUUAUAUUGGAAAUAAAAAAAAUGAUGAAGUUGGUUUAAAUAAAUCUGGUUCUAAGAUUCUCUUAUGUCCCUUCACCACUCUUUAGUUUCUACAGUUUGAUUCCAUAUUUAAAUAAAUGUCCUAGAUGUUGUCAGUGAAGUCUUAUCACAUUCAAAUGUAAUAAUUGAUUUUUGUUGCUUUUCUUUUAUGUUUGCUACGCUUGACUGUGUUCAAGUUUGAUCCUGAAUCAGACUUAAACACAGUCUGAUUGUGUUUAAGUCAGACAGGUUCAUAUUUUCAUCUGAACUUGAGUUGUUUGUUGUUUUUUUUCGUUUAAAAAAUUUUUUUUUUUAAAUAGCUUAUAGUGUUGGCUCAAAGUUUGAAGAAUUUAGUGGAGGUUCAUCAGAAGCGGUGAAGUUGUAAAAAAAAAAAAAAACAAGUUCAGCUGAAUUCAUUCAGUUUGCAGCAAUUUGUGAUAACUGACAAAGAUAACUUUUAACUCGGAUUCCCUCCGGUAGAAUUUCUACCAGGAACAGUGCCGUCGAUUUUCUGCGCCGUUUUAGAAUUGCAGUCUACAUUUUUAGCAACGGCAGCGGAGGAAGUGAACGAAGCCGUUCGCACAGUGUCGAUCGAGCUUCCAAAAAUACUGAAUCGACAUCAACAGCCGCCUCGUUCGGCUCUGCACUUCUCUCUCCGCGGUGGGAAAUGGUUGUUUACGGCGCAGGCAGUUUGAUUGCGCCGGACUGGCGUGUUGCAUACGGCCUGGACAAGCACUAGCAAUUUGAUAAAAAUUUUAUACUUCGACAGACUCCACACCUCCAAUUGUCUCAAUAGCCGGGGGUCCAGAUCCUCUGUACGACGCAAAGCAUAGAACAAGCGUCUGGUUUUUACCAGGCUAGUGUUGCACAAGCCUAAGCAGAAACAUAGGCAUAAAAGCCAUGUUGCUUUGUUUUUCUUUUUUGAUAAUUUACCCUGUUGUGCUGCCAUACGUGGGCAUGUUGUCUGCUUUAUGGGUAGCACUUGGUGGUGGCGUUAUUAAUUUGAGUGUGUGCAGGUGCGCGGAGACGACCUGGAUUUGUGGGGUGAACAAUUUUCUGUUGACUUUUUGAUCACCUCUGUUGGAAACACCAUUGCGUGAUGAUGUGAUCGACAAAAAACAACCAAGUGUUUUGUUUGUGUUUGUCAAAACUGUGAAAUGGAAAACUAAAGUUCACAGUAAGAUUUGGUGCAUCUUAAAUUUACACCGAUAUCUUAGCCUACAGCGUCAUUUGGUAAGUUGUUUAAAAUUUUAUACACCACAAUAGCUGAAUUAAAAUUAUUUCUUUGAUUAUGGCAAAGUGCCUUGAGAUGAUGUAUUGUGAAUUGGCGCUAUAUAAAUAAAUUGAACUGAAUUGAAUGUUUGCUCUGCUACUUAGGAUUGUUACCAGCUUCGCAGGACUUCUUUACGUUGGCAGCACCACGUCAAAGGGCAAAAGUUUAAACGGGAGCAGCAGUCAGAUGCGUUUCCAUUGCAGAUGUAUGCAAAACGUGGUCAAUAUACUGCUAAUGUUGGAAAAAAACACACAAUGUUGUUAUUGAGUUGUUUCCAUUAAAUAAGAAAUACAAUAAACUGUUGACGCGACAAGUCAUUAAAGAAAACACGCCGCCAUCAUCCUCCUACUGCUUCCUGUCGUUUUCUUUUUCGUGGUUCGCGCCAGUGGCAAAAUCCGUCACUAUUGAAAGAAGUGUUUUCGUUGCAGUUUUGGUCAUUCGGACAAGAAACUCCCCACAUCUUCACUGCAUUAUGAAUCGGCGGUCAAAUCUCAGAAUGUGUAAAAACAAAGAGGCCAAUAAAGUGAGAUCAGCUCCGAAGACGGCAGAGAUGGGAACAGAUCACAGUGAGUCAGGAACUGAGGUGUUGAAGUCUUUGGCUCUUUUCAAUCAAGAUUGAAAACAUUUCUGUUUACUGCAGCAAACCUGUAAUGACGUGUUUAUCACUGAAUUUCUCUAAUGCUUUAUUUAUUUAUUUAUUUUAGCUGUUUAGAUUUGGUUUCAUGUUCUUUCUUUUAAUGAUAUUCCUUUCAUUAAUUUCGUGUUUUUGAUGCAUUAGGUGUUUUUAACGUGUCCAACUUCUGUUUCAUGGUUUUUCUAUAAUUCACUCCCAAUAACUCGGUACACAUUAAAUGGUAUUUUACAAAU